AAAUCAACCGACAAACAGAAAUAGUUGGUCGGCUUUGGCAUUUCGUCAUCCACAGUCCUUCCGUCGGCGUUCGUUUGUGUCGUCGCGGCCUGAAAGUUCUCCACCAUUCUCACUCAACCCCGAGUUCAGGCCAAGCAGAGCGGAGUCUUCGUGUCGCCCCCCGCAAGAAUGCCCAACAAGAAAUCCUCAAACCGCGGGAAAUCCGUCUCUUCUUCUCCUGCCGUCAACGCGGCGUCGAACGAGAGAGGCAGGAUGGUGUUGAGGGUCAAAUCGAGUGAGAAGAUGAAGCAGUUGGCUCUGCUGAGCAGAGAGAGCGAGGAGGAGUGGAGGCCCAAGUCGGUGAAGAAGGGCCAGACGGCGAGAGGGAAGAAGAAUGUUAAGCUUGACGCGAAGAUGCCCAAGAAACCGCCCACUGCUUUUUUCUACUUCUUGGAGGAUUUUCGAAAGGAUUAUCAAGAGCGGAACCCAGAUGUCAAGUCAAUGCGGGAUAUUGGCAAGGCUUGUGGUGAGAAGUGGAAGACAAUGACUUACGAGGAAAAGGUUCACUAUUAUGACUUAGCCAAUGAGAAAAGGAGAGAAUUUGACAAGGCCAUGGCAGAAUACAUCAAAAGAAAGGAAAGCGGUGAAGAUGAGGAAACUGAGGAUGACUCCGAGUUUAAAUAGGACGUGAUUGUAUGAUAUUGAGUAAUUGAUCUGCCCAUUGUAUAUGAUUAGUAAUUUCAGUAGCCCUUUGAUUUGAAUUCUCUUUACUUGACAAUUCUCAAGUUAGUUCUUGGAAGUUGGAGACGAUUGCAGGUUUAGAUUCUCAUGUUCAUGUGUAGGAAAACUAAACUUCUUAGCAUGCUUCGACUUCAUUUUCUGUCCCCUCUUUUGUGCAAUGUAGUAUUGCACAAUUUGGUGUAGCUAUCGAUCAUUAAUGAAGGCAAUACCCUGUGCACUAUAUCAAA